UAAAGGGCUUGCAACGAAGUUAGAUAGUUCCUUCAGUAGCCUAGGAUGUAAUUCAUCGGGCCCCGUGGACUUACCUAUGUCAAGCUUAUUUAGCAGACCAAAGACAUCGAGUUCUUUGAUGGGCACGCUAUCCAGUGUGUGUGUGGGAUCUGCAUGCGCUGAUGGGAAGGGUGCUUCUAUGGUGUAUAUAUUGCUGAAGUAGUUUGAGAACACUUGUUUGUUCUCUACAUCUGAUGUUACUAUUUAUAUCAGAUUAAUCACGCCUGUAAACUGGCUUGAGUUCUGUAGUUAUUGUUCAGAAUAUAUUAAUUAUUACUAUUAUUAUUAUACGUAGUAAGCGAUCAAGACAAUAGAAUUUACUCAGCGAAGAAAAAUACCACUGUCCUUUUAAUUAGCGCCCUGGUAUAAAUUAGUGUAAUUUCUAUCUCAUAUAUUUAAACAAUGACUGGUUUCACAUAUAUUUUUCAUGUCGUAUUAUGGAAUUGAAGUUGAACUUUAUUAUUGUUUUUGUAAGCUCAAACUGAAACUGAAAUAUAUGAUGACCUUGAUACGCGGUUUUUUGAACAAUUCGUCACAGGAUGCAGUUCUGAUUUAUCUACUUUGUACAGAUUUAAGCAAAAUGCGGUUAGCUUGUCGGUUUUUCUGUGAACGCUUUAAAUGAAAAUGAGGAUUUUGUUGAGGAAAUUUUGAUUCACCUACACUAUAUUUAUAUUUCACAGUGCUGUUGAAAUAUAAUUAUAGAUAAUAACUUUCAAUCGGCUACAAGUCUUCCUAAAGUACUACAACAAAAUGAAUUUAUCCUGUAUUAUCCUACUAACUUUGGCAUAUAUGCCAAGAGUUUUCAUUUACGGCAAAAGAUAUUUAUUUUAUGAUGUGUUUUAUGGAGAAGGUUUCAAUUUGAAACGUGAUGUUUAUAUUCGGAUUGCCAAUACAGUACGUCUUUUAAGAGACCCAAGCCAAAUACCAAAUUUUGCUCUACACGACAUAAACGUAAAAAAUUUAACUGGUGAAGAUUGGAUUCUAGUUUUACCGCCUUGGGGUCCACUUCCUCAUUGGUUCAAUGACAGAUCAUAUGAAAGAUAUACAAAUCAUAGUUAUUUUAAUAAUUGGUCAGGCAUUCCAUGGUCAAUGUUUUUUGAUUUAAACAGCCUCUCAUUAUUUAUACCAGUUAUGGAUUUAAUUGAAUUUCAACACAGUAACGUAUUGGAUUCACAACAAUCAUUAUUAAACAGGUCAUCCAAUCAUCCAUUGACAAUCGAUUUAGCUCUUCAGUUAGUUCGUGGAGAUUUUAAUGAAAAAUUGGGGCAAUAUUCAAAUGUUAAUAAUCGUAAAGUAGAUUUUUGUCCAUUUGAAUUACGUGAAUUAUAUCGAUUAAAUGACUCAACAUUGUCAUCAUCAUCGUCAUUCAGUCGACCAAUAGAAUUAUUUGAAGGAAGUAGUUUUAAUUUACAAAAUGGUAUAUUACCAAUGAGAGCAUCUGCAUAUGAUUGUAUCACUGGAGAUUUAGAACCUGUUCAUUUAGCACCAUUCUUAAUUCAAUUAAUUGAAAAUUCUGAAAAGCCUAUUACGACGUUAUACUUAGACUCAGCUCAGUCGAUUAUACACGGUCAUUGGAGUGAAUGGAGUCAAGAAUAUUGGACUGUACGUCGAAGCAUUACAAUAGCAAAACAUUUACGUGAUAUUGGUGAUAAUUACCGUGGAGCUUAUUUACAUUCUAAUGAUAUUUCAGAUCGUACAGUAUCACCGUCAAUAGUUGAACAUCUUGGUCCAGGUUCCAGUUGGUUACGUCCACAAUGGCCACUUUCACCAGCUCUAGGUGGACCAUAUGUAGCAGUUCAUUGGCGUCGUGGAGAUUUUGUUACUACAAGUACUAACGCUACAACAACAACUGUUACUACUACUAGUCGAUCUCCUAAUAAUGUUUCAGCAGCCCAACAAAUUCUAAAUGCUGUCAAGAUAUUUAAUCAGUAUGAAGAUCAUUACAUCGAUACAAUUUAUCUAGCCACAGAUGCUAAUAAAGAAGAACUAGAAAAUCUAAAAAGUUUACUUUAUCCACUUCAAGUAUUUCAUUUUGAGCCAACUGAAUCCGAGUGGAUAUCUUAUGGCCCAGGUGGUUCAGCAAUUAUAGAUCAAUGGAUUUGUGCACAUGCUAGAUAUUUCAUUGGAACUAGUUCAUCGACAUUUACUUACCGUAUUAUUGAAGAACGUUCAAUUAUGGGCUUUUUAUUAAAUACUACCUUAAAUAAUUUCUGUUCAAAUGGACCAAUCUAUUUAUAUAAACCAAAUUAUUAUAAUACAGAAUUAUCUACAUGUCAAUCAUUAACUGAAUGGCCAGUGAUUUAUGAAAAACAAUACACUAUCUCAUCGUCAUCAUCAUCAUUAUCACCAGCAGCAUCAUCAUUAUCACCAAUGAUCAAUGAUAAACUACAUUUAAGUAAAUAUAUUAAAGAUGAAUUGUGAUGUUGGAUAAUGUUUAACAUAUAGGAAGAGACUGAUAGAGCAUAUUACCCAUCUACUAUCACUACUACUACUACUACUACUGCUGCUGCUGUUACUGGCUUCGAUCGUUCUCUCCUCUAUGUUCCUUUCCUUUUUGUUUGUGACUCUCAUGAUUAUUUAGAUUAUUAUUACUGUUUUCUUUUGCGUAUGUAUAUAUAUAUAUAUAUAUAUAUAUAUAUAUAUAUAUAUAUAUAUAUAUAUGUUUGCAUAGUUGAAUUUGUUAUGCUAAGAUUUCAGAUCUUCGAAAGAAAAACAUAUUUCUUUUAAUGAUAAUCGUUUGUUGUAUCGUUAUUUUUUUCAGUGUUAAAUUUUCAAUGGUUGCCUAUAUGAUACCAUUAGUCCAUCUUUUAUAUUAUGAAGUGUUAUAUCUUGUAACUGCCUAUUAGAGAGCAGUGACUUAUUGAUCGGAUCGAUGACGCGUAAACACGUGCGAGCAGUUUAGAGUUCUGAUUUGCCCCGCUUUCCGCCUAGCUCAGCCAGAUAAGUUCAGAACACAAGUCUCAGCCUCUGCAAUAUGAAUCGUUAUAUUUCAAACAUACUGAGUUUAUAUACCAAUCAAACAGACCACAACGUACCAUAAAAUAUGAAAAUAACAUUUGUACAAUAUUUGGCAAACAGGAAAAUGGCACGUGAAAUAAAUAUUGACCAAUAGGAAAAUGAUACCAUUUCACGUCAAAGGAUAGCAUUAGACUUAACAGGAUAAUUUUCGGGAUAUUUUUCUCAAUAUCCCAACAUGAAGUUCAUCAGUUUUCAUAUAAUCACUCCUUGUUUAGUAAUAAUAAUCAUAUGCUUGUUCAUUGGUUACUAGCUAUAAGAGGUGAUUCUAAAAGUUCUUUUUGAGAUGCCGUGACUAAUAGAGUUCAACCAUGUUGGAUAUGAGAUAGUUAUUCAUCAAUGACAUCGGCAGAUGAUCGUGCAAUACCACAAAUUAAUUGAAUUUAGAAAUAUAAAUCAUUAAAUGCUGACUUGAUGGUUCCAAGUUUAGACACUUAGUGUGAGACCUGAAGGUUAUAGGUUUGAUCCUCGGUGGGGCUUUGCGUACGCACUAAUUAGCAGUCCUAUAAUAAAACAGAGGAGAUGACCGGGUGUUCAUGGUUUUUAAUAACUAUUAAACUGAAAUCUGUGACAAAUUAUGUUAUUUUUUAGUCAAAAAAGUCCUUUCAGUUGUUUCGCUUUAAUUUUUAUAGCUCAUAAUAAUUAAGGUAGUGAAUCUUUAUCAACCGACGUAGUUGGGACAAGUACUACGUAUGCCCAAUCGCCUACCUCAACGUUCUAGUUUUGCUAGUCUAGGAGUAGGUUGAAAGAAAGAUAGGUGUAAUUAGACCAGGAAGUGAUAUCAUUUUUUGAAGUAAUUAACUAUUGGAUUGCUUCAUGAAGGUGAGUGCAGGCUACCUGGUCAGUGUGAUUUUCGUAACCAAUAGUUCGAGACGUUAGGUAACAUGUCUUACAAUCGUCUGAAAUAACACAGAUGCAUUCAUUGAUUUUUCUUUUCUUAGAUCUUGUUCUUAAGGAUUAUCUUAUACAUUUUAUUCCAUGGAUUCAUCCUUUUUUCCCGAAUUAUCUUGUCGAUACCUUAUCUUUUCUACUGUCACUGAUACUGUUACUACUUCCACCGCAUUUUUCUUCCUAGUUUCUAUUUAACUCUGCAAAUACAUUGUGGUAACUUGGGACGAUGUAUAUAUGUGCCAGGUUCUUUGUUUAUAACUUACCAUACAAGACUUUUUAACUAUAUAUAUCACAGAAAAUCUAUAUAAUCUGACUAAUCAUUCAUCAGGAAGCUAUUGCUGAAAAAUGAAAAGUGCCCUGGUAACCAUGCAUUAUUUUGUUUUCUGUCCUAAAACUAAUCUUGAAAGUGAAAUUCAUUUCAUAGUUCCCAUUUAUAUUUCAUUUGUGCAUGUGUAAAAAUUGACUAAGAAAGUCAAUACAUCAAAUGUUCAAUAUACUGGACAUAUAUAUGAAACGUUUUACUGGAUCAAAUGAAUUAUUUAUUGAAUUGUGGAUAAAUAAUGGAAAAAACUAGUUUUACUAUAAAUCGAUAUGAUAGUCUGUUAACUAUUAUAUUAAAGGCCUAUGUAGUGUUCACUGGUCAUCCAAUUCUGGUACUGAUAUACAAGCUCAACCUGUUACUUCAAAUUGAAAUAUUGGCACAAACCCAUCCAGAAAUAUAGAUCUGUCUCCCCUCAAGAUUUCCAACCAAUAGCUCAUAUCUAUUACUUCAGUAAUUCAAACCAAAUAUUGACAAAUGCAGCAUACAUACGGAACUUAUCAUUCGUCCUUGAACUGAUGUAUCCUAUUGGUCCAGUGUGUUUCUGUUUCAGUUUAUCCAUAAUUCUGUUUGAACAGAUUAUUUUAUUGUUAAACUAAUCAAUUUAAAGCAUUCGACCAUUAUUUUGUGGUAACUAAAUCUUUGUUCAGUUGUGAAUAAGUAACUGUUUAAUUUGUUUAUUCUGGUUAGUAUUUUUUAGCAGGAUUGUUUUCUACAAUAUGAGGUUGCUGACUCCAUGUCCAAUCCUUCUCCUUUACUCGGGAUUGGAAUCGUUAGUAACUCGAGAAUGCUGGCGAGCGGUCUGUGUUCUUUCAUGAGGGGGUAACAAGUGACAAAUGAAUAAAUAUUCUUGUGGUUCGGUAAAAUGUAAGGUAUUAAAUAAUGGAGAAGAGCGAAUGUGUUCGUGUUAUUCAAUGCAUCCCGUUUCAUGAUGAACGUAUUAUUUCACCGAAUCAUAUCAUUCACCUAACUAUUUGAAAUGCUUCAUUCAUUAGAUUAUAUUGUUCUCUUAAAUGUCUGUUUGAUGUCACUCUUCAGUGUCUGAAUUUUUCUCAACGAUCCAUUGAUUACAAAUGGUCAGUAAUGUUUUCUUGUAUUUACUAUUGUGCUGAAAUGAAACGUGCAUUUAUACCUCGAAGAUUAAGACAUUAAAUAGUAACAUGACGAAUAAAUUUGAGGUUUAUCAACAAGCGGGAUUUCUAUGCUACUAUAAUAACCUUUUGUAGUAUAUGCUACUUAUGUUGACAGAUAUAAGUAGUAUGUAACACCGAUCAGAAGUGGAAUGCCUGUUAAGAGAAGGUUGAGAAUAUUGAACCGAAGAAAACAGAAAUGAACGGAGAAUUGGAGUAAUCAUGAAAAAUGCAAAGUACGAUUGAUGGAAGAUUCACAAAUGAAGUAUUAAAUGUAUGGUCCUCAUAUUUUGAGGAUGAACUCUGUAACUUGGCAUUAAACAAUAAAUUGGUCUUUCCCAACUGAGUCUUCGUUUACUACACAACUAUUUCAAAUAUUAUUGAUUGUCUGGCCAGUUAUUUCGUAUUAUUCAUUCAGGCUUACAUCUAAUAAACUAGUUUCCUCAAUAUACAAUUGAAAUUCUUUAAAUCGUCUGGUGUGUGACGAAAUCUCAGCACUGAUACAAAAGGCUCGAAUAGCUUUUGCCAACUUGUGUCAUUUAUGGCGUAGGCGAGAUAUCCAUCUACCAGACAAAGGACGGGUUUACUGCGCAGCAACUCGAACUGAUGUAUGUACGUACGAAGUUCUACUUUGUUGAUGACUGACUGAAAUCGUAGAUAGAGAGAUUAAUUGUUUAAGUUAAAAUAAAUUUCCAUCACGGAUUGUAGUACUUUUUUGACCCUAUAUUUGACUCCAG